AUGGGGAGAGUGAUGGAGAAGAAUGGUGAGAGUGAUGGAGAAGAAUUCAGUCAGCUGCCGGACAGCGCGCAGAGAGGUCGUGGAAGAGGACACUGCGAUGAAAAAUGGGAGCCUCCCAGCUCACCUGAUCCACACUGCCCCGUGCCUCCGUGUGUCCGCAAGUGCUGUCCCCAAGGAGAGCAACUGGUGGUGGAGCUGCCGAACACCUGCAAACCCACCAACAGUUCAGAGUUCAGCCUGGAGUCUGUACCAAUCUGGGAGAAUAAAAAUAUAGAGGAGUAUAUGGUUGCAACAGACUAUAGUCGUUUCCAGAUCAUCAACUACGGACUCUGCCCCUUUGGCUUGUACGUGCUGGAUUCCUCCUACGAGGAUGACAGGAACGCCCUAUGGUGUUCUCCGUGGCUCUCACUAUCUCUAUCCCGUUCCUCCUGGCCACGGUGCUUCGUGUACCUCCUGCUCCCAGAGCUAAAGAACCUGCACGGCAAGAGUCUCCUCUGUCACGUGUCCAGCCUCAGCAUAGCCUACAUCUUUCUGGCUCUGAUGCAGAGCAACUUUCUCUCCAUGAACGUUGAACAGCCAACUCUCUGUGUGUUUUGUGCUUUCGUGAUCCAAUUCUCCUUUCUGGCGACUUUUUUCUGGCUGAAUGUUAUGUGUUUCGACAUUUGGUGGGUCUUCAGUGGUCUAAGGCCUCUCAGAGGCUCCGUGAAGGAACGAGAACACAAAAAGUUCAUAAUGUACUCGCUGUACGCCUGGGGAUGUCCUCUGAUCAUCUUGGUCAUCACUCUGAUCAUAGAACUUGUGCCUUCAAUUCCCGACUCCUUCAUCAAACCGGAGUUUGGUGUCAUCAAGUGCUGGUUCGGCACUUCAAAAGCACAACUGUUAUAUUUCUACUUGCCUAUCGGAGUCCUGGUGCUGCUUAACAUCGCGAUGUUUGUGACAACAGCAUUUCGACUGCGCAAGCACUCGCGUGACACGAGGGUUCUUCAAACCAGCGAAAGCCGCAGGAAUGACGAGGCGGAAAAGGAAAGGUUCAACUUGUACCUGAAACUCUUCAUCGUGAUGGGGAUCAACUGGGUCAUGGAGUUGGUCUCAUUUGCGGUCGGAGGUCCCAAGUCCCUCUGGUUCGUGACUGAUCUGGGCAACACGCUACAGGGACUUCUGAUCUUCAUCAUCUUCGUGUGCAAGCGACGCAUUCUGGGAAAGCUGAACCAGAAGCUCUGCCCCCGAUGGGAGCUCGUGGCCCCCACAUCCUCCUCAUCCCGUUCUCAGGCCAGCUCCAGGAAAACCAGGACAACAAGUCCCUCUAGGACACCCAGCAGCAACCCUGAUAGCUUGUUACUCCAACCUAUCGCUCGUACCACCUCUGAAGAGAGCAAUACCAACAACUGACCUUGUCAAUCUGGCACUACCCUCUCUGACUAAUGAACUCUCAUGUAUUCUUAGCUUUAAAACUGUACACGAAUUGUAUAAGAGUAAUUUAAUCACAAACGUUUUUAGCAGAAACCCAAAAUAAAACUAAUAUUGUUACAUCAGGAAUCCAUAAGUAAUAAUUUUUAAGUUUUCAGAAAACAAUUUCAGUUAUAUAGCGGAGUGGAAAGUGAUGAUGAAAUGAUCAUCAAAACUGUAAAUGAUGGCAGUCACGCCAAAAGCACAAUUCUAUUAUUCAAGUCAUGACAAACUAAAAAUGUUCUAUACGUUUUUGAAAGAUUUAUCAAAACUUUAUGCAAAGCAGUUACUCGAAAUUCAAAAUUAUUUCAUAUUUAUCUUUGAAUGUAAAUUUCGUAACAUUUUCUAGUUAUGACAUAUUAUUAAUAUUAUUAUAACAUUAAAUUUACUGAGUUACUUAUUGCUCUCUAGUAUGUUAACCUAUUUUGGUUAAACGUUUGAGCAUUGCAGUACUAGAAAAACUAUAUUAGUUGCAAUAAAUACGUUUCAAAACCAACAAGCUGACUACAUCACUCGAAACAAAUAAUUUGAGUGAGGUUAUCAUCCAGUAGUCUCUGUCUAUUAUAAUUCUUCAUAAAGAUUUUUUAAAUUUCAGACAGAUAAACAAAGAUUCAGCAAAGAUAAACAGUACGAAAAAUACUAAAUCAUGUAAGAUUAGCUUUUUCAGGCUGCAGCGACGGCUUAAGGUAUGGUUACUAUGGAUGCGAAUUCUGACGAAAAUCUGUUCUGACGAGCACUGACGAGUUCGUACGAAGUCGUCCGAACAAACAAAAGCCUGUUUUCUAAUGAUACUGUUUACAGUGGCAGCGAUCUUUUCGUCAGAAAAGACACGAAGUCGUCAGAACGAUUUGAGCGAUCAAACAAGUUUGAUUUUUUCGUGCGGCCAGCAACUUAUUUCACCCUGUGCGUCGAAUUUUAGAGUUAUUAACUUAAAUUAACCAUGGAUAUUGAUGAAUUAAUCGGUCUUGUGUACGAGAACAGGUGUUUGUGGGACAUGAGAGAUAAAAAUUACCACAACAGAGAUCUUGCUCGGAAGAAUCGAGAUAAGGUUGCAGCAGAACUCAACACAAUAUAGGGUGAAUGUGGGUAAAAUGUGGGUUUUCAGUAAAACUAUUUUUUUUUUUUCGAGGAAAUUUAUUCUUUUUAUCAAACAAAGGUUGUUUUAUUUCUAGGGUUAAUUCUUACGUCAAUCAGAUUUUCAAUAAUUUUAUGAAUCUAAUUUGUUUUAAUAAGAUUGUUUUGUUAUAAUUAAAAAAUAAUUUUUAUUUGACUAAUUAAAUACAUUGUUACAUACUAACAAAUAUCGGGUUAAAAUAAUUAUACUGUUUUUACCCUUUUCAACGACAUUAUUUUUAAUAACGGGCUUUCAAGAAAAUAUUGUUCAUCGAGUUUAUCCAUUUAGCUGGGCGGCUUUGACACGUACUGACUAUCAGAAGAUCUGAAAACGCGCACACUGUAACCGCCUUGUUCUGACGAGGGUUUCGGACGUACUCGUCAGAACAGAUUUUCGUCAGAAUUCGCAUCCAUAGUAACCGUUACCUUAUCCAUGAAAAUAGCGAUUUAAGGACGUGUAAUAAAUUAACCAAAGUAGUAAAAAAUCUAGUAUGACAGAAAUGAUCAAUCUGUAAUUUUUUCUAAUACAUAACUUGCUAACUUGAGACGAUAGUCUGGCGUACAAAAUAUGCUAGGUGUUAUAACAUUAAUUAUGUAUUAUCUAGUUUAACAUUUUUGGCAGCGUAGCUGUAACACAUUGUUAAACGCAUAAAAAUGCUUGUUUGACUGUAGUUAGGUUAUACUGUAACUGAUUAUACUCGUAUAAUGUUGUAGAUGCACGGACACCUUUUUUCUAGUUUUUAUGUAUUAACAAUGACAAUUUUUGCUUGUAUUUUUAUAUCCAUAGAUUAGCUUUUUGUGUAAUUUGUACGUUUGUGUGGUCCGUGUUUAUCUAAUAGUAU